UAAUGUAGUUUGCUGUGAGAUUACAGAGCAUAAUCCCUCCCACCUCUCUUUUCUGCCUGCGUGAGUCACUCUAUAUUCAGAGCAAUGCUUGCAUGCCUCUCUAAGAGAAGGAAGGAGCUACGUUGUAUGGUAGCAGUACACUAGUUCUGGGUAAAAUGACAAGAGCUUGGAUUUGAUAUUCUUGGAAGAGGAAAAGGAAUGGAAAGUCGAGGAGCCUGGAUCAUUCCAAGUACCAGCUGAAGCCACAGCUUUCAUUCACUCUUUGGUUCUCAGAGAUUUUUCUCAGGAAACAUCUAAGGGUUUUAAAGGAGUCUCCUGGCAGGAAGUCAUUGUGCAAGAUUCAAGCUUUCUCAUGCACAUGCACAACACUGAUGCUACCAGCUAUGGAUGAUCUGUUACAAAGAGGUUUAUGCUUCAAGAAUGACAGGAUAAUGAAAAUGCUUCCUAGAAGGAGGACAGUGACUUAAAAAGGUUUGUUUCUCUUGACUCCAUCCAUCUUUGAGCAAAGGGGAAAAGAGAAACUUAAGAGGAACUAUCAUUGAGGUGUGUUUCUGGAUGCAUUUCUGUCUACUUUAUAUUCACCUCAGAAGUCUAAAUAAUAAUAAUAGAGAAGCCUUAAGAUUAUCCUUUAUUUUUUUCAGGGGUCCAGCAAUGUAGAGCAACAUGGUGCAUUGCUGGACCCCUUAGUAUAAAAAAAUAAAUAAACAAUCUCCUUGCAUUUAUUUUUUGUCAUAUUCCAACCCCUUGCAUUGGUCUACAUUUAAAAAGAAGAUAAAGAAGAUUAUUAGAAAAUACCCAUUCUAAACUCAUUUUGGAAUCUUGAGAGUGGAACUGAAUAUCUAGAGACAUGUGCUCUUCUGACAUUGCUGAUGGCAAUAAGGAUUCUGUAGUUACAUGUUGGAAGAGCGUUCUGUACAAUGUUCUUAUCGGUGCAGUGCUUGUUCUGAUCAUCAUCAUCACCAUAUGUGGCAAUGUGGUGGUAUGUUUAGCUGUAGGCCUGGACCGCAAGCUUCGUAGCAUGACAAAUUGUUUUAUUGUGUCAUUGGCUAUAACAGACCUUUUGUUGGGUAUGUUGGUACUACCAUUUUCUGCCUUAAACCUCUUACAUGAAGAAUGGCCUUUUGGGGCCACCUUUUGUAACAUUUACACAAGCCUGGAUGUCAUGCUAUGUACAGCCUCUAUUCUUAAUCUUUUCAUGAUCAGUUUAGAUCGAUACUAUGGGGUCACAGCUCCACUUCGUUAUUCCAUGCACGUAACACCUUUUCGCGUGGCUAUAGCUAUGUGUGUGAUAUGGGUCGUCUCCCUCAUGGUAUCUUUUCUCCCCAUUCACCUAGGAUGGAAUACAAGAGAUAAAUCUAUCCAGAACUAUAGAGACAGCAAUGACAAGGAAUGUAAAUUGGAACUGAACAAAGAGUAUGUUUUAGUUGAUGGGCUACUAACAUUCUACCUCCCCUUAAGCAUCAUGUGUCUCAUGUACUACAGAAUCUUCAAAAUCGCUAGGGAACAAGCCAAGAGGAUUAAUCAUGCCAACUGUUGCAAUGCACUAAGCCCCACAUUACCUACUGUUCGAGAACAUAAAGCUACAGUUACUUUGGCAGCUGUCAUGGGGGCUUUUAUCAUUUGUUGGUUUCCUUAUUUUACUGUCUUCACUUAUCAAGGUGUGAAUGAAACUGAUGUAGAUGAAACAGCUUCCUUAAUAGUAUUGUGGUUGGGUUAUGCCAACUCAGCACUCAAUCCAAUAUUAUAUGCUGCUCUGAAUAGAGAUUUUCGUACUGCAUAUCAGCGAUUAUUGCACUGUCGGAGAGUCGGGCCUCAAAACCAUGAAACCCAGCUGACAUUACUUCACAUUCGUCGUUCUGAAGACAGGACACAUCAAAUUAUGCAAAACAAGCAAGAAGAAAAACUAAACAUGGUCCAUGAUACGAAUGGAAAAGAUGGAAGGCCGUUUAUCACAAGCACAAUGGAAAGAGAACGAUCCAGACUGUGCAGUAAAUGUGUGGAUUUUCUGACCUAGAUGAAAGAGCUGGCUCUGCUUACGUUCUCUAUGGAAACAGGCACAAGGCACCAUGGUAACAGGAACUGCAUGUGAUUGUCUUCAUAUUGUCUUCAUAUUGUCUUCAGAUGGAACCCAAAUGACAGACCCUGGAACCUUAACUUCAUAGCUUCAGGACACAAUGUUUUUUUUAAAGCAGAAGUUCCAUUUAAAAAGUUUUAGUAUGGUAUAGAUGAAUGGUUGUUGGACUUUUUUCAGUUCAUGCCCAUGUUAGAAGUUCAACCUAUAUGCCUCCUAGCUCAUAACAAACAUACAGAUAUUGGAGAACAUGGUGUUUUUUCUUUCAAUUAUUAGCCUAUGACUCUUUCUGACCCUAAAAUGAAAAUACUAUCACUGACCACUAGAACAAUAAUUGCUCAUAUUUUUAUUCACGUCCUCCACUAUUCAUCUUCCAUUUUUUCUUUUUUUUGUUGCCUGGUUGCUGGAGUAAUUAUUAAAACCAACCUAGAUGUUAAAAUCACAAGCUUAACAUCUGUACAAAAACAAUUGACUUUAGAGUUUCACUGUCUAUCUCAGACUAACUGUUCAUUUUAAGGUGAACUACUUCUUUAUUAAACCUGAUUUUGUCGGUAUUUGUGCUGAUGCACAAGAAAAGUCUUAGUCCAAGGACACCUAUGUUAAGACUUAUAUCUAUGGCAAUGGAACCUAUGACAAUCAUCAGGGGAAGAAAUAUUUAUACAGGAUUUUUAUCUACGGCAGUCAUGGAAUAUGCACCCAAGACAACUCCCAUCUCCUGGUACCUCCACUUGAGAAGCUGCAGGAUGGGCACUUUUGUCUCUUAGGAACAGUUACGGGAUAAUGCUUAAUACAGAAACACCUUGGACAAUCUGGUUUCGUUUCGGUGGAAAUUUUUUCAACACUGUGAAUGGUAAUCAUUAAAAAGACAAAAAAAGUAGUGAUUGUAAACGUUUUGAACUUGCUUAAAAAGCUAUGACAUCCAAUGUAAAAUAAAGCAGUUUACUACAGAAAGAAAAGCUUUGUAUUAGGCAAAAAUACUGUAUUUUUAAUGAACAUGUUUGCUGGAUGAAUUGUAAUAAAUGGACUAGGUAUGGCAAUAUAUUAGUCGUUUUGAUUACACUCAGGUGGUAUAGAUGUAGUAACAGUCAUGUAACAUGUGCCAGAUCACAAACAGCCAUUUGCUCCUGGAGGUAGCCUCAUUUCGAUCCAUCUACUACAAGUAUGGGACCUGUUAUCCAGAAUGCUUGAGACCUGGGGUUUU